AGAAGAGUUGCUGAGUGUGCACACGUUUUGAGAGCACAGGCACACACCCGGCUCCUGGGCUCCUCAGGCUGCCCCCAUGGAGCUCCCCCUGGCCCAGAUAAGCCCCCAAGGAAGUCACAACACCCCCCCUCCAACCUUCACCACCUUCCAGCCCUUGGACUUCACUCGAAAAAGCUGCCAGGGCUUGCUUCAGGACACCAGACUCCAGGCCCUGCAAGCUGGAGAGGCCCCGUUCAGCCCCAGAGCCCCAGAUGUCCACGCUGCGGCCUCUCCCCAGGCCCUGGGGGCUGCCUCCAGUCAAGAGGACACUGGGAAGGCUGAGGAGGUGCCUAAGGAAGGAGGCCAGUCCCUGCAGGCCGAGACCCGGGCUUGGUUCCGGAAGACCCAGGCCCGUGGGCUCCUGCAGCACGGGGCAGCCCCUCCUUGGUUCCACGGCUUCAUCACUCGGAGAGAGGCCGAACGGCUGCUGGAGACCAAGCCGCAGGGAUGCUACCUGGUGCGGUUCAGCGAAAGCGCCGUGACCUUUGUGCUGACCUACAGGAGCCGCACUUGCUGCCGCCACUUCCUGCUGGCCCAGCUCCGGGACGGCCGCCACGUGGUGCUGGGCGAGGACAGCGCCCACGCGCGGCUGCAGGACCUGCUGCGCCACUACUCGGGGUCCCCGCUCAGCCCCUACGGGGAGACGCUCAGCCAGCCCCUCGCCCGCCAGACUCCUGAGCCAGCAGGACUUUCCCUAAGGACUGAAGAAGCAGACGCUGGAAGCAAAAGCCAGGACCCACACUCCCAGUAUAGCCCAGUCCUCAAAAAGGAGAAGCCCAGAGCCCUCACGCAGAAAGAGGGGGGCAGCGAGCCAAAGGAGCCCUCCCAGCCGCCUAGACCCAAGCCUCCCGUCCCCGCCAAACCUCUGCUGUCCUCCGAAGCCUACGCAAGCCCAGCGCCAAGACUCUGCCGGACCCUGCCCGCCAAGCCCUCCAACCCCAUCUACCACGAGCCGGAUGAACCCAUAGCCUUCUAUGCUAUGGGCCGGGGCAGCCCUGGGGAAGCCCCCAGCAACAUUUAUGCCGAGGUGGAGGUGGAGAUGGAGGUGCCAUCAGGGGGUGAGGGCCCAUCGUGCAUCCUCUGGCACCCCGUCCUCCGGAAGUGCCGGUCCAGGCCUCUCCCAGGAAGACAGAAUCCAGGUGGCCAGCAACUGCAUUCCGAGAACUCUGUGGCUGGACAAGGCCCUCCCGUGCCCCGCCAGCCCCUGCCUCUCUGGGGACACAGCCUCCCUCACAACCUAGACAGGAGUUCCAGGACAGAGGAAAGACGUGGCCCUCCCUAGGGCCUCCUCAGGAGCCAGUGUCUGAGCGGAGGGAGGCUAACCUGGAACAGCAGGUCCAGAGAACUUCACACGCACCCAGGUGCCUUCCUAAGGAAAUGUGGAUGGAACAAGGUGAUCGAUCCAAGCGGGAAAGGACCUCAGCUGU